UAUUGAAUCGAUGACGUCACAAAAGACGUGUCAGUGGAAGGAGUAGACCAGGACCGUGGAGUAGCAUGUUGAAAAAUGUCCGAUUACUUUAAUUUAUCAUACUUAGGUGGACAGUGGUAAACAGAACGGUUUGUGUUGACGCGCGAGUGAAUCGUACACCGGUGUCGGUACGUGAUUAUCGUCGGGUUUCCGUUUAUCACGUGGCCGAGAAAGACAUCCAGUAUCCAAGUAAUCAGACACGCCGACCAAAAUAUCUCGAGGAAAAAUAAAACUGCUGAACGGGGUUGUUUUGUUCCUGUCGAAUUUGUCGGAACUGGCCUCGCCAUACGUGUAAAAAUACCUUGAACAGAAGUGGUGGAAGUAUAGAUUGAAGAAUAUUUAAAUACCAGAGGCCCCGGAGGACCUGGGCAACGAUGGAAGCUGUCAGACAGGAAUGAUAGAAUGCAAGAGGGUAGCACCGCCGUGGCGCUAGCGAUGGUGACUCCUGGUUACGAUCAGGACCCUGCAAGUGGGGUUGCCGAUUACACGACCCAUCAGGAUCAAGCCCAAUUCGAAGCAGACAAGAGGGCUGUAUAUAAACACCCUCUGUUCCCUUUACUCGCAUUACUGUUCGAAAGAUGCGAACAAGCUACCCAGAGCUCGGACAACUCGACGUCCGAGAGCUUCAACAUGGACAUACAGGCCUUCGUCCAACACCAAGAAAGAGACCGAAAGCCCUUUCUGAUCAAUGACCCCGAAAUUGACGGUUUGAUGAUCAAGGCGAUACAGGUGCUGCGGAUUCACCUACUCGAGCUGGAAAAGGUUCAGGAGCUGUGCAAGGACUUUUGCAACAGGUACAUCACGUGCCUGAAGGGCAAGAUGCAGAGCGAAAAUCUGCUACGAAGCGAUUACAGCCACCAUGGACACGAUAUGGGUCCAUCGAGUGGCAGCAACGGCAGCAGUCCCUUGCAGGUGCUGUCUUCUACAGGCAAUGAUGUUGAGCCGGGAGCUAACGGAUUCAGAGUGAGCAGAGGCGACACCCUGUCGGAGAACGGUGCUGCGAGUCAAUUGGCCGCGCAAGAGGAAACCGGUAACGACAGGCCGUCAUCGGCGCGAUCAUCUUCUACAGCUCAACGUUCGAACAGAUCGUCCAGCCAGGACCAUGACGAUCCUUUGUCACCCUCCACGAUACACGGGAGCACGCCCCUCUCGCAAAUCGGGGCUCAUUCUUGUGCACCCGUCAACGAUAUGUAUCUUGGUCAAGAUGAUAUGGACUGUGUGAAUAUUGGCGACAGAAUAUAUUUAGAAGAGGCUGGCUAUUGGGGCCUUCUUGCGUUACAAGAACGUGAAAAUGAAUACGUCAGUGUCGGAGAUGCGAACGACGAAAAGUAUUUUGAUAUCACUGUUGCCGGCUCUCCUUCACCUGCGCCAAGCGAAGACGACGACGAAGGAUGUGGCACUGGCACUGCUACUUCAAAUCACAGUAGUGGCCACGGAGGUAGUCAUAGUAGCAUUAAGAAAGGAAGACAAAAACGAGGCGUCUUACCUAAACAAGCUACGAGCAUUAUGCGAACUUGGCUCUUUGAACACUUAGUUCAUCCUUACCCAACGGAGGAUGAGAAACGUCAGAUUGCAAGUCAGACGAACUUAACGUUGCUGCAAGUGAACAAUUGGUUCAUCAAUGCUCGUCGACGGAUCCUUCAGCCGAUGCUGGACGGUGCUGGGGCUGAUCCAGUGCAACGGUCAUCCGGCGGAAAACGUCACAAAGUAUCGAAGCACGUGGUGCAACAACAACAAGUGCAGCAGCAACAAACGGGCGGCUGGCAAUCCGAAGAAUCUGGCAGUGAUUCUGGCUCCAGCGACGGUGAAGGAGGUGCCGAUAGAUUGAAAGACGGUAACGAUAGCGACGAAGAUGAUCUUCACUGACCUCUGUCGAUCACCGAAUAUGUCAACCUCUUAACGGUACCUUCAAAUCCAGUUGCUCAUUACAGUAUUAAGGUAUUCGAGAAUAGAUUUCGCUUUAACUGUCAGAUACGUAAUUAUUCUCGCGAGAAAUCAAGGGUAUUAUUAUUGGCCGAGGUUAUCACGCUCUCUUAUCGGAUCAGACGAUUAAGAUCUCUGGUCGACCAUCGGCGGAGCAUAACGACGGUUCUUGAACGACCGUUAAUCGUUCGGCUUUUAAUCCUGGUUCAUGAACGUUGCGAUCAAUUUAGACUAAACGAGGGAACCGGUCCGAACGAAAAGCUGUGCUUCGAAACGGAUUCCUUGUUCUUGAUAAGAGCAACUUAUAACCGUAACGGAAAAGUUCCACACAUGCCGCGUGAAAACAGAUACAGAUCAGAUGGAAUAUGGAUCCUUAAUUUGGAAUUGUUAUCAGUUGCGUUUAUUUAAGAAAUCGUGUUACGUUCAGGUAAUUUCUUUUAGAAUGAUUCUUUGUUUAUUGCAGUUGAAUUGUUUCCUCGGCUGUUGUUCAAUUCAUCAUAUAAUAGUUCAGAGUGACAAACGAAGGUGCUAUUAAUUAAUAGCAUGAUGUUUCAAAAAAAUCUAAUUUUGUUUCUUUAGUUUAUCCGAGCGUAGUUCUAAUACUGGUAACUAAUUUUUAGAAGCAAAUUAUUUUUGCGACAAUGGAAGACUUGAAUAUUCAUGUACCAAGAUCAUAACGAUAACGUGUACAUUUUUUCUACGAUAUAUAUAUAAAUUAUGGAGGAAGAUUUUACUCGUUUAAACAAUGCGAAUUAGAAAGUUUAUAGCUAAGGCAGCGAUAAGUCACCGUUACUGUUUAUAUAUUUUUAUAUCAAAAAUUUCAUUUCGACAUACGUUUCUCUGUCGCUUUAAAGCAACAUCAAUGUUUCAAUAUCCAAUAGUAAUAAUAACUCCAAAACCAUGUGAACAAAAUAUAAAAAAAUAAAAAACGCGCUUUGUAUGGUUUGAAUGUUUUCAAUGCGUGUCGUUGUAGUUCAAACAUUUGUUCUGUCAAAUAUAUAGCAUUUUAUCCAGAAACUAUAUCCAGUUUAUAUUUACUUUAAAAAAGUUUAAAGAUAUCUGUUACUCUCUUUAUUUUUUUUUUAAUUCCACACCUAAACGGUUACAGUAAACUGAAGUAGUUUCAAAGGAAAAAAAAAACUAAAUAGUGUUCAAUUAUAAAUGAAGAUCAAUGUUCGACCAAUUGUUAUUGGUUUACGAUUAUCUUCGCAUACCUAGCGAUUCCUGAACAAUUCUAACAAAGACAGAAAUUAUUUCUGUAACGAGAAUACUUAAUUAAUAUUUCUAUAGCGCUAAUUGAAAUCGUCCAUACGAGACUAUUGUAUAGUGUUAGGAAAUCUUGUAACGACACUAAAGAAAAAGGUCCAUUUUUAGCCCUUUCCUAAUUAAUGAUAAAAAGGAAACUACGACGAUAAUUGUACUACGUUUAACAAUAGACUGGAUGAUCUAUCUUAUGAUCGGUCAAUAAAUACGAAUAAUAACAAAAUUUCAAUUACAAAAUUUUCAACCAUUAUAUUCAAGAUGAACGUACAGUUAUACAAUAAAAGGAUGAUUGAUCGGUCGAUAGAUAAGAGUAAUCUCAGUCUUCUUCUAUUCUUCGUGCCAUUGAAGAGCGUGGUAACUUCCGCGUUUUAGUCUUUGUUCAGCUCUGCAGUGUCGUGACAUAGCAAAGUGCUAUCCCUCCAAGAUAAUAACAACAACAACAACAACAAUAAUAAUAUUAAUAAUACUAUUACAUUUAAUAAUAACAACAAUGAUAAUAUAAUACUACUUUAAAUAUAUGAUGAUUAUAUUUUUAAACUCUAAGUGUCGUCUUUAAAGAAGAAAAAAAUGAAACGCGUGUACCGCAGUUGAACGAGGAUGUGGUACUGCUGUACAUAUACAAUACACAGAACUGUUAGAAAUAAAGAGAAGAAUGUUAGUGAUUAUUUGAAAGAAAAAAAAUGAAAAGAAACAGAGAUUAACGAUACCUUUCUUGUAACUGAAAAGAAAAAGAAAAAUGCAACAAAAGUCGUGUUUAAAGCUCGACGAUGAAAGCACCAUGCCAUCUUAGGAUUAUAAGUGUUCGUACGUUCGCUGUCUACAUAUGAUUAUUGCGUUUUACCGAUAUAGAUCGCAAGUGCUGAGGAAUACUUAACGCGUUAACUAGUUCUCCGUUCGACGAUUCAUUGUAAUUCUCACCGAUGAUCGUGUACACGAAAUUUCUUAUUCUUCCUAUGCACUUGUCAUCGAUUGUCUGAUUAUUUCCAAGCGUUGUUCCGUCCAUCGCGUUUGUCAAAACCGUUGAAAUUGUAUUAAGAACAUCAACUGCCUUCGAAACGCAAUUCUAAACGAAACGAGCAUUUCUGUAAGUGUCAUUCAAACGUAGAGAAACGUAUUAGCUUAAAAGUGUCUCUUAUUUCUAACAGUGACUUCCAUAGGGAUUCGUUUAUUUGAUUAUCAUUUAGAAAUUUGUAAAAUAUGCGAACGAAUAUCUAAUUGAAAAUGUAUCAUUGAGAGCUGCGUCAGAUUUCUUAUGUCACAAUUAUGUCGAUGACUUUGUAGAAUACAACACUCUUGCAAAGAUGUUUAUAAUUUGCAAUCGCAUCGCUAUUGAAGUAGAUCAACGCUAGUCUGUCGACAAAAGAGCAUCGAGCGAUGAAAUUAAUUAACAAAUGUGCAAUGAUAGAAAUGAAAAUGAAACGCUAUUGUCAAUGUUUAAAGUACAUAGUCGACUGUCGAUUCGCUGAGAGAAACGCAUCCUAUUCUCUUCCGUUAUUAAAGAAAAGAAAAUGUACAUAGCCGACUACAGGCACCAGGGUGCUUCCAUUAGUAGCUGCCGAACUUUUUUUGUUGAUCAUUCGUGGCGAACCGAUUUCUAAUCCGAUAACUGUUCGUUCUUAAUGCGCGAAAUCUGUACACGAAUGAAACGAAUCAAUCGGGAGACGUAGUAAAACGAUAUUAUCAGUUGAAGACAGCUUUUAUUACAGUAUAGCUCCAUAUACGGUGUAGUGAUUUAAGUAAGAACGUCGAGCGAUUGUGGACAAUGGAAGAAAUCAAUGGUCAUGAAACUUAAUUAGAUUGUAAAAGUAAUAAAAGAAAUACCACGAUCGCUCGUAUUAAUUAGAUCGCUGUUUUAACAAGUACCAGCAAUAAAUGCGCAUUUUCCAUUUCAGAUAGAACUAAUAAGCAUCAUCUGCUCGUAUCGCGAAUCACCUGGUACGGGACUAUACUGUACACUAUUGAUUAAGUAUAAUUAUAAAGUAACGAUAGAUUAAGGAGGUAGGUUGUAAGGCUGAACCACGUAUACGUAUGUGCUGCGGCACCAGACGACUGUGAUAACUCGGUGGGCGGUGCCCAGCCUCCUACUUCAUACUUGUAUACUACUGAAGAUUAUGAAAUACUUAAAAAUUCACACAUCUGUACACAGUGACAUAAACAGAACAAGACAUACACGUUUAGAAACAUUUACUAAAAUCGUUGAAUAUGUUGGAGCUUGCAUUAUAAAAGAACUUGGUCCACAGAUUUACAUGGAACACUCUUGCUGCAUUGUAUAAACGUUUAUUUGAUCAAUGGUUUAUAUAUGUAAUUAAUUCAUCAUGUUAGAAGUACAUAUAUAUUUACUAAUUGAAUAGCCAAUUUCAUUACAAGAUAUGUACAUUGAAUUUAAUGAAUCAGAAAGAAAUUCUGUUCUGUUGAUGAUGAGAAUAUUAAUUUAAAAGAGGUAUUAUUUAUAUUUUAACGAGUAAUAUCAGGAGUAGAUUGCUGCAGUAUAUGAAUAUUUUCAUUCUUCCAGGUGCACACGAAUUCAUGUAUAAGGAUGGACCUGCAAAUAAACCUCUAAUGUUACUAUGUCUUAGCGGUUGAUGUGCAAGCUCUCUCUAAAGUAUUUAAGAAGAUAGGAAUGGGCCAAAAAAGAAGAUUGUAAUAACAAAUGAUUUUCGUGCAAGAUUUUAGUUAAUGUCUUAAUUUGCUUUAAUUUGUUCAACUGUGUUUGUUUAAAUAUGAUUAUAUAUUUCAUAACUUAAGAGAGUAUUCAAUGACAAGCUAUAAGAAAACCUACAGAUACUUAAUGUAUCCUUAAAAUGUACUUUAUGCAGGGUUUAAGAAAGUUUAUUAUUUUGUCAGUGUCUUAAGAAGAAAAAAAUUAUAUAACAUUGUUAUAUUAUGGUUUAAUUUUACGUAUGUAAAGCGGAUUGUUUAAAUUUUAAGUUUCCUCCCUUUUUUUUAUCAUCUUAUAAGUUUAGAUCGUAUGUUUUUAUAUUCCGUUAAAUUUUGUUGCUUCGAACUAUUAGAAAUGUUUAUAAAAGUCAUACAAAUAUUUUAAAUAAAUGAUUUCAAAUUUA